UGUAAUUAGAGCAUAACUGCUCUUUCCCUUGAGAAUGGAAGAGUACUAUAUUGGUUAGUGGAGAAAGUUUAAGUUUCAGCAAGAAGAAGGAAAGGACAACAAAAACAGAAGAUUUAGGAAGAACUCCCGGCUUUCAAGGCCUCUUAUUUCUGGUUUUGGAUGCAAGAAAAGACAGAAGUCCUGUGUUUCUUUGGUUUGGUUCCAAAUAUUAUUUCCCUUAAAGGAAUUCCAGUUCUGCUCUUUGAUUUUCGGACCUUUUUAACAACAUAUCCAGGUUCAGCUAUCUUCUUUUCAUCUGUUAAAAGAUUUAAUUUUUGAUGUAAAUAACGUAUCUCUGCAUCUCUUUUUGCAAUCGCACCUCUCAGAUCAUUCAUCUGCAAUGCAAUUUCAAACUCCCCAACCCUAUCGUCAUAUUUCUUCUUUAAAUCUUUGUAGCUUCUGAGAAUUGCGAUAUACUCUUUAAGUAAAACUUGUUCUCUGUCCUCCACUCCAUUCAACAACAUCUUCUGCCAGUUAAAUUUCUCAUCUUUCUCCAAGUGUGCUUCUGUGUCUGGUAUUUCUUGUGUUGAACCGUUAAAUUCUUUUUCAUCUGCAAAUGUUACAUGUUUUACUGUUUGGUUAUCUGGUUUCAAUUUCUCACACAACUGAUCAUAACAGGAAUGGGCUUCUGCCAGUUGAGCUUGAAGACUUCUAUUUUGUUUCUCAACUUCUCUGUGUAGAUUCUGAAGCUUCCCCAAUUGUUCUUCCAGUUCUUCAACUCUGACGUACAGAUUUUGUUUAUCGGUAGUGAGAUUUGCCUUUUCAUCUUCCAAGAUUCUUAUUUUGACAUGGAGAUCAUUGGAUUCACUUUUUGUUCUUUCGAUUAAGGCAAUCUGGGAAGCCAUUGUGAUCUCCAGAUUAAGUACUUUGUUCACAAGCUCAUCAAUCUUUGUUGUUUGUUCAGAAACUGUUUGAAUUUCCUUGGAGUCAACAUCUUCAGAUUUCAUGAUUUGGCCAUUAUUAUCAUGAAGUGACUCAGAUUUGAGGAAUUUCAGUUUCUUGUCUGCUUCUUCAAUCUUUUGGGUCUCCUCUUUAGAAUCUUUACAGCAUUUAUCUUGCUUCUCCUGCAACUGAGCCAAGCUCUCUUGGCAUGAUCUUAGUGUUGUAUCUGUUAUUAGGUUCCCGGCCUUAUCAUUCUCGAUAUCCAUUGUCACCACAUAUUCCUUUUGCAGAUGCGAAAGUUUCUCCUGCAUUUCCAUUAUUUGUUUCUCAAUCUCCUGAUAUUUUGAAAUCCCGUGUUCGUAUGAAUUCCUCACAACCUCUUUUACGGCUUCGAGUGAACUUAUCUCAUUCUGGAGAUUUUCAAUCUCUUCAAGGGAUUUGUCUUUGGUUUCGGCUUCUCGGGCAUUAUUGGGUAGAUUCUUGAUUUGAAAUGGCUUCUUUGGAGCCUUUGCGAACUUUGGGCUGUCAGAUUCUUGGAGAUUCUUGGAGUCUGUUUGGAAACCCGCAAAUACUAGAGAAGUAAAGUAAGAAUGAAAACAUAUAUGAGAAAAUGAAGAUGGGGUUAAGCUCAAUAAAUUUAUAUUUUAAAUCUUUGUUGGUACUCACUUUAUCUAUGUGUCCCUUAAAUAGAAGACUAACAGAUCUAAAUAAUUAAUAUAUGUAAAUAAAGUUAAGGAACAAUUAUCAAAUAAGCCCUUCUAAUAUAGCUAAAUCAGCAAUUACGCUCUCGUACAAAAAAACACUCAAUCAACCCCAUAAACUUGGAAAAAUGAUCCGAUUCUUCCCUUUAGGAGGCAAUCUUCCAGUUUGCAGAUUAUUUGUCCUUCGUUGCUAUAACUAACUAAUUCAUUGAGUCAAGUUAUUGAUGCUUAAUUGUCUUCCAUCUCAUCAUUUUUAAUUUCCUCUCCCCUUAAUUUUGUGUCCCUGUUUAUUCCUCUUUCCAGGGAAGCUUUAAUUAUUCUACCUCUUCAUCCAGAUUCCCCCUCUUUUUUUCCUUUCCUCCACAAUUUUCUUCGUUAUGCACGUGACACUCUUAAUUUAUUGUAUUUUAGUUUUCUUUAAAUAAAUGAAGUCUCUGUAAUGGACUGAACUAUUGAAGAACAAAAAUGAACAACGCUAGAGAGGAAGAUGAACAGUAUUCAACGUUGCAAGAGGAUGAACAACAGGCGCUGCAAAAUGGAGAAUGAAUUGGGGCAUUGUCAGAGGUGAUAUCUUCGAGGCUGCUAAGGGGAGUCAUCGUCGCCGGUGAGAAAGAAAACGGGAAGUCGCUGAUAGGAAUCUGGCUUAGUAGGCUAAUAAUAAGAAAUAAUAAUAAUAGUAAGUAUACUUGUAGUAGUAUAAAUAGAAGGGGAGGGGAGGAAAAUAGGUAGGCAAAUAUUCAGUUGAAUUUGGCUAGGCUUGGAGACUGGGCAUCUCGAAUGGUCCUGUGCUUUGUAUACGUUCCAUACUUUUCUUCUUCAUCAAUAAACUUCCUAUUGAUCUUGUUUCUUGUUAUCUUCUGAUUGAUUCUACUGUAAUUUGAGUUGGAUUCACCAGUGUUCUAUCAGUCGCUGUCAUCCUAGACUUUUUGUGGAGAAGCUUGCUACGAAAUUAAAGUUAGAAAAAGAAAAAAGAGAGAAAAACGAUGGGGGGGGGGGGGGGGGAGAAGUCUGCUAUGGGAGAAAAGCAAUGAGGGAGAAGUCUUCUAAUAGGUCUGCUGCUGGGUAAAAGAAGCAAGGGAGAAGUCUGAGUGAGAAAAGAAGAAAACAAAGCAGAGAAAGAAAAAAAAAAGGAAAGGGCGAAAAAGGGUUAUGCAAGCAUAUUAGCUGGGAAACAGGUCAUUCACCUGCUGAAUUGACAUUUUGAGCAUUUUUCUAGUACAAGGGCAUAGUUGCCGAUCUAGCUAUAUUAGGAGGCUUUAUUUGAUAGUUUUUCCUAAAAUUUAAUACGGACUACUAUUUUUUCAUUAGCAUUUGUCAAGGUAGUUAAACCAAACCAUAAAAACAUUCCUUGACAAUUUUUCCUUUUCCCUAGAGUUUUCCGUGAUCCAAUCAUACUUUUGGGGAAUCUUAGAAAGUUAAAUACACUAUAUGUUAAAAAAUUGUUUUGCAUUUUCCCAGGCAGUUACAAGCAACCAUAAAAGCUUUGCAUGACCUUUUUGUUCUUUUCCAUAGCAUUUUAUGGAUAUAAACUAACCUUUGGGGAAUCUGGGAGAAUCUUGUGGAUUUUUGGAAAGUUUCGGGGAACAGAAGUCGUCUUCGUCUUCUUCCAUCACCAACUGGAUUUGUUCGGGGAAGACAGUAGCGAUGGUGUGAUUGGCAGUAUGCAAGUCUUUGGACAGCUUAUCAUACCUGUUAAAAUAUAGAAAGUAGAUUUGUCAGUAAUCUUAGCUCGUUUUGGUGAUGUUUUUGAUUGGUUUAGGUUUCUAAUCAGUAUCGAGAUAAGGCCUGUUAUUUUUGUACAUAACAACUGUAAGGGUCUAAAGACUAUGAAGUUGCAAGUUACAAACAAGCAUUUCAUCAAAGGCAGUGAUUUGACAAUACCUUUCAGCUAAAGCACGGAAGGCGCGCGCCGUGUACGACGGCAGCACCGCAGGGCAUGGCAGCGCCCGUCAUCGUGGCAGCGCCUAAUCUAGUGACUAUGCCGAACACGUAUUCUCCGGCAUCAACUUCGACUUCUCUGACAUUCGACUCCAACUCCGACCUGGCGUAGCCCUCGUUUUCCGCUUCGUUGCCGACCGGUCAUCCGAAUAUUCAUGAUUCGGCAUGGAUUCCACCUACUUUUGAUUGGUCCUCUCCAGCAACAGCACGGCGCCCUCUUCGGUUGGAGGCUGAUGUACAGCCGCUUUUGCGAACUCAAUUUGGAGGCCCCACAUUCGUUGGUGCACAGGGGCUGGCUUCAGCUCCUGUUUUUCGGCCAAUAGGCAGGACGACAGUCACCCAACAGAAUUCUUUUGAAGCAAUUGCACAGUCUAUGGGGUUUUCGACACCGAAUGUCACCAAUAUUGUUACUACAAAGCUAGAUGUUGUCGAAGAUUAUCUGCCCUGGCGUACUCAGUUCGAGUCUUUUCUGGUAUCACAUGGACUCCUAGGCUUUCUCGAUGGUACUAUUGCUACCCCUCCUCAAUUUAUUUUUGAUGCUUUACGUAGAGAAGUUGUGAACAAUGAGUACUAUUAUUGGUUAAAGUUAGAUCAGAUAGUUCGUUCUUGGCUGUUUGCUACUUUAUCUCGUGAUAUACUUGUUGAGGUUCAUACUCUACGCACUUCUGCUACCAUCUGGGAACGUCUAGAAUCUCGCUUUAUGGCAGCCAGUAUGGCUCGUUCUAUGGAAUUAAAACGCUUGCUCACUACUACUAAAAAGAAAGAAAAUCAAUCCAUGGAACAGUACAUGCGUGAAAUCCAGAAAAUUGUUGAUGCCUAGGCCACGAUUAAUUCUCAUGUCUCCAUGAAAGAUCUUCUUAAGCAAACUUUACUAGGUUUGGGUCCGGAUUAUGAGUCCAUUAUCACUACUUUGACUACUUUUCCCGAGGGCCUUACUUUUGACAAAUUACGGACCAAGCUAGUUGAGCAGGAGAACCGCCUCUCCUAUCUCCGUUCUCAAGCGGCUCCUCCAUCACCUGCGGCGUUUGCUACUCAACCUCAUCCUCAAGCUCACGUUGGUUCGAGACAAGAAGCCCGUGGUGGUGCACAGUUUGCUCGGGAUCGCGGCAGGAGGGGUCGCGGCCGGGGAUCUCGCGGCAGAGGCCGAAAUUAUGGCCAACAUGGUUACGGCCAACCACCGUUUGGUCCACCUGGGUACGGACAGCAGCCGUAUGGCCCACCAGGACACGGACAGCAGGGGUACGGUGGACAGCAACGUUCAGGACAACAGGCAGCGGUCGGCUACUAUCCACAGGGGCACUAUUCUGCCUCCACAUCUCACGGACGCCCAGGUUCAGUUUUAUGUAAUUCGGUAUUUUCAUCGUUAAACGCGCAUCCCUAUUUUGUUUAUGGUACUAACCAUGGCUAUGCAGGCUCACCUUUAGUUGAUUGACAGUUUGGUUCCAUUCCACCGCCAGUUGUUUAUCAAAUUUGCUAUUCCCCAGGUCAUUCUGCAGUUUCAUGUCCUUCACGUUUCACUCAGCCCACUGCUCCAGCUCUUGCUGCACCCAUGGGUGAUGUUAAUGACGAUGUCUGAUUUCCAGACUCCGGUGCUUCUGCGCAUAUGACCGCUCAGGAAGGACAAAACAACGGGGGCAACUCUUCUCAGAGCUUCUAGUAGCGGCAAUCUUUAUCCCAUUCGUUUUUCUUCUUCAUCAGCUUUGGCUUUAGUUUCUAGCAUGGCGCCUGGACCACUGUGACAUCGUCGCUUGGGACAUUGUGGUAGUCGAGUCUUAGAUGGUCUUAAAGUCUGGUCAACUUUGUAGUUUGUCUUCUUUUAAUCAUGAUUGUUCUUCGUGUAGAUUGGGUAAAUCACAGAGAUUACCCUUUCAGGAUGUUUUUCAUAGUGCUAGUAAACCGUUAUUUUUCAGAGUAUUUUCAGGGACGGAGGGAGUAUAAAUUUACUCACUUGUAGAUUUUAUACGGUAACACGUAAAUU